CAAUAGCAGCUAACACUGGGCUGGAGCUUUAAGUCAGCUUCUCUUAGUACAGAAAGAAAGUUCUCCCAGCAGCAGCAGGCAGCUUCCCAGAUUGUUGCCCAUUUUGUGCUUCUCAUUCAGCUCUUGGACCCCCCCCCCCAGCUCCUGGAUCUGACACUGGAUCUCCCUAUACCUAGGAUCUACCCCUGGAUAUCCACCAGCCCCAGCCAUGUCAAUGUUACCCUCCUUUGGGUUCACCCAGGAGCAGGUCGCCUGUGUAUGUGAGGUGCUGCAGCAGGGGGGCAACUUGGAGAGGUUGGGCCGGUUCCUUUGGUCCCUUCCAGCCUGUGACCACCUCCACAAAAACGAGAGUGUCCUAAAGGCCAAGGCGGUUGUCGCUUUCCACAGGGGCAACUUUCGAGAGCUCUACAAGAUUCUAGAGAGUCACCAGUUCUCCCCACACAACCACCCCAAACUGCAGCAACUCUGGCUCAAGGCUCACUAUGUGGAGGCGGAAAAGUUGAGGGGGAGACCCCUGGGCGCAGUUGGCAAGUACAGGGUGAGGAGGAAAUUCCCACUGCCCAGGACCAUCUGGGACGGUGAGGAGACAAGUUACUGUUUCAAGGAGAAGUCGAGGGGGGUCCUGCGGGAAUGGUAUGCCCACAACCCUUAUCCCUCUCCAAGGGAGAAGAGGGAGCUGGCAGAGGCCACUGGUCUGACGACCACCCAGGUCAGCAACUGGUUCAAGAACAGAAGACAAAGGGACAGAGCUGCAGAGGCAAAAGAAAGGGAAAAUACUGAGAACAAUAACACAUCCGGCAAUAAACAGAACCAGCUCUCACCUCUGGAUGGUGGGAAGUCACUAAUGUCCAGUUCUGAAGAAGACUUUUCUCCACCACAAAGCCCAGACCAGAACUCAGUGCUUUUGUUGCAAGGGAACCUGACUCACCCAGGAGGAACCUCUUAUUCUCUAAGCGCUUUAAGUGCCUCACAAGGCAACCAUGGUCUGCAAAGCCACCAACACCAACUGCAGGACUCUCUUCUGGGACCUCUCACCUCCAGCCUGGUGGAUUUGGGGUCCUAAAACAAACUGGGCACUAGAGACUUCACUGAUUGUAAAUAGAUAGACACUUUGUGCUCUGAAAUCUUAUCGUGGUACUUAAUAAAUCAUGGAAAGAAGAGACUUCUAUUCUGAAAAAAAUCCCACUUCUAACACCAACAUGAAAAGCGCUUACAAUUGUCCCAUAGCUGUUCUGCAAUUAGCCAAAUACUGAAGACAGAGGCACCAUUAUACCCUCCUCCCCCAACCAAAAAUCUCCUCCAAGAUCCAACAGCUGUUACAAAAGUAGGAUAUACAAUUCCAAAUGGAGUUCCCAAACCUUAUUUAUGAAGAUCACAAUUUUCUGUAUCUUAAAAAUAGCAAAAAAAAAGGUUGAACAAUUCAUUGGAGAAGGAAAAACUAAUGUUUCUCAAAUAAAUUAUAUCACUUGCUCAGCAAUGUGGAGGCGUAACGUUUACAUUUUGUUUUUUUUCACAUUUAGUGUUAAUAAGAUAGAAGAGUAGUUUAUAAUAAAACUCAGUAUUAGUAAAAAAUAAAUAGUGCCUGAUGUCUUUUUUGACACUGGGAAAAUAUAAGAAGAUUAAUUGAUUUCUGGAGAAACUUCAGGGCUGAUCUAGAGAAUAACAACACAGGUUUUCACUUUGAUUUGAUCUAUUUAGCUGGUGAUCUAUUUAAAGAGAGACAUAAUAUAACUGAUAUGGCUCCUGCACACAUUACACUAAAGAUCUGUGCACUCAUUUAUCUUUCUUUUUCGGUUUGCAAAGCUACAAAAUACAAAUAAGAGUCAAAUCUGAUUUGUGUAAGUGUUGAGUGCAAAUGCAGGUCCUUAGCUGUCAUUAUCUAGAUAAAUUGCUUCCAUUUGUCCUUAAUUGAUAUUGAAAACCGAUUAACUUCAAUUGUGCUAAACUGAAUCCCCUACACUGGAAAUGCUGAAUCUAUUUGGCUUUUUUUUUUUUUUAACAAUUUGUUAUUUAUCUAAAAUAAAAAAGAUGAAACAUAAAUCAGAUCUGUAUAAUUUUAUUCUACUUAUUUUUUUUUCUUGUACCAAAUAAUAAUAAUAAAAAAACAGGUACAGAUCCCAAUUUGCAAACUAUUUUGUUCCUUUUAACACCACAAUUCUUGCCUAGAAUACGUGUGUUUUAUUUUAUGUAUUGUUAUAAUUUAUUUAGUUGUGUUUUAUAUGCUGAGGAGGUGUUGGGAUGUGUAAAAAGGAAAUGUGUUUGUGAUAUUUAUUAAAGUAAGAAGAAAAUGAA